CCAAAAGGAUAAUUGACAUUUUCGGCUGUGUCUAUUCGCACGAUAUCGUGUACAUAAAGAGUACAUUUCUUGCUAUUUUCAAAACAAAUAUGGAGGCAUCUUAAAGCUCACUCUGACUGCAGAAAGAAGAUGGGGAAAAUAGAAUGGUCGAUGUGGGCAAAUGAACAGGCACUGGCCAGUUCAGCUGUUGUAAUCCUUGGAGGGAUUGUCACACUUGCAGGGAGGUUCAAAAACUACCAGUUUGGAAUCUAUGGAAUCUGUGUUGGAGUCCUGGUGGCCCUGUUGGAGUAUCCACGUGCCAAGCGACAGAAAGGAAAGACACAAGAGAGAAGGUUUCAGAAACCCUUGACAAUACUAGUGCGAUGUGGUGGCCUAGUAACUCGAAACUACUUCAUACGUUUUGUAUUUUACUUAAUAAUCUCGGUGCCGUGCUGCUUCGUCUUGCCGACACUUCUAGGGGGCAUGUGCUACCUCAUCACCAGUGCAAUAUACUUUGUCGCUGCUUUGAAAGGAGAAGAAUGGAAGCCAGCUGGUCUGGACACAGAAUCACAAUCACAGCAGCCAGGCCCCCGAGUCCUCCAGCCACCCAGUCAUCCCCCUCCCAGACGUCCCAUCGACAACAGUAUCUGACCCCCUCCCAGACGUCCCAUCGACAACAGUAUCUGACCCCCUCCCAGACAUCCCAUUGACAACAGUAUCUGACCCCCUCCCAGACGUCCCAUCGACAACAGUAUCUGACCCCCUCCCAGAGGUCCCAUCGACAACAGUAUCUGACCCCCUCCCAGACAUCCCAUCGACAACAGUAUCUGACCCCCUCCCAGACGUCCCUUCGACAACAGUAUCUGACCCCCUCCCAGACAUCCCAUCGACAACAGUAUCUGACCUUCUCCCAGACGUCCCUUCGACAACAGUAUCUGACCCCCCUCCCAGACGUCCCAUCGACAACAGUAUCUGACCCCUCCCAGACGUCCUAUCGACAACAGUAUCUGACCCCCUCCCAGACAUCCCAUCGACAACAGUAUCUGACCCCCUCCCAGACGUCCCAUCAACAACAGUAUCUGACCCCCUCCCAGACGUCCCGUCGACAACAGUAUCUGACCCCUCCCAGACGUCCCAUCGACAACAGUAUCUGACCCCCUCCCAGACGUCCCAUCGACAACAGUAUCUGACCCCUCCCAGACGUCCCAUCGACAACAGUAUCUGACCCCCUCCCAGACGUCCCAUCAACAACAGUAUCUGACCCCCUCCCAGACGUCCCAUCGACAACAGUAUCUGACCCCCAUCCCAGACGUCCCAUCGACAACAGUAUCUGACCCCUCCCCAGACGUCCAAUCGACAACAGUAUCUGACCCCCUCCCCAGACGUCCAAUCAACAACAGCAUCUGACCCCUCCCCAGAUAUCCAAUCGACAACAGUAUCUGACCCCCUCCCCAGACGUCCAAUCGACAACAGUAUCUGACCCCUCCCCAGAUGUCCAAUCGACAACAGUAUCUGACCCCUCCCCAGACGUCCAAUCGACAACAGUAUCUCACCCCCUCCCAGAUGUCCCAUCUGAUCAUCUUCAUAAUACAUGCAAUUUGUGAUCCCCUUCUGACGUGAUCUAUGGCAGCACAGAGAUAUUCUCUCCACAAACAAGAUCCUCUCCUCAACACAUGCAACAUGUGAACCUCUCCUCCCACCAAAUCUUCUCCACAUCUCCUCUCAAGAACUUAUGACCGCCUCCAUGGUCUAAUGGUAGAGCGUCCGCCCGGAGAGCGGAAGGUCCGGGUUCGAUCCCCAGCCGCGUCAUACCAAAAGACGUUAAAAGAUGGUACUUGUUGUUACCCUGUCUGGCGUUCGGCAUUAAGGGGCUAAAACAAGGACUGGUCGGCUCGGAGUCAGUAUACUGUGUCUGAGUGGGGUAUUCAUGUUAAACUGCGGCAUGGUAUCUCAGUGUGCUAGCACUAUAAAUCGGCAUCAGUCUGGACUAGUACAAGCAGCCACACACACAUACACGUGCAUGCACGUCGCUAUAUAAGUGCAAUAAUCUUGGACACGACGUUAAACUCCAUUUCACCUCACCUCAAGAACUUAAGAGAAUCGGUAUGGAGUCCUCUGAUCUAUCCUGUAGGGAUGGGAGGGUGUUAAUUUCAGUGUUAACCCUUUAUACAUCCAGGAGCCAUGUGCCCACUGUUAUUGCAUGAUUGUGAGAUAUAGUCCGAGACUGGUGAGUCAUCUCUGCAGGCAGAGACCUCCACCCUAUAUGCUGAACUGAACAGUGAAGUCACCGUACCAAACAAGGAUGUCGACUAAUUAACUGCCAAUUAACCAAUACCAUUUGUGAUUUUAUAUAAUUUUUUUACUGAUAUGUGGGUACUGAAGAGUAGUUUGCAAGGUGUUUAUUGACACAAAGAUGUGUUUAUGAUAAACAUCCAUGAUUCCGACAUGCAAAGUUGACAAUAGUGUUUUAUGAAUGUACAGCUGAGAAUGUUGCAGGACCAACUAUGCCUUUAGAACCUCUUUGUAACAUAGCAAUGAACAUUAAAAUAAAGAUAAAGAUUCCA